GGCGCGCGCCUUGGGGCCGCUCCCCUCCCUAAGGCUGCACUCCCGCAUCUUGGCACCUUGGCACCUUUUCGUCCUCUCCAGCCCCACAGACACUGCAGAAUGGGGAGGGGCCAGGAAGUUGGGCGGGGCUGGGAGCAGCCAAUGGCCGUGCGGCCCGGCGGCUCCUCCCCACGUCUUCGCGGCCUCGCGGGACCCUGGAGCUGGACUGGGGGCAAAGGCCAAAUGGACUGGCCCGGACCGUGGCCCUGCGUGGGCGGCCCUCCGCGCGUGAAUUGGGCCCCAGCCGCGCCGCCUCGGGGGAGGGAAGGUGUAAUCGUGCGAGCCGCGCCGGCCGCGGGUCCGGGCGUCCGGCCCAGAAAAUAGGUUUUACUGCCUUUUCCUUCUAUAUGUUCCAUUCAUUUACUGACACUCAGCACCUACUGUGUGCUAAUGGGGAUCUAGGAUAUGGAAGAUGACCGAGCGUUUUAGAGGCCUCCAGAUCUCAAGGACUGUUACUCACAUUAUUAGAAUCUGCAUCAAGGUCAUGUCCGUUAGCCAUCAGUGCGCCUCAGGAUUCCGUCCUGGACCCUUCUCUCUUCUCCCUGUGUACAGUUUUACUUGUGAUUAAUGGAUUCCGGGAAGUUGAUUUGCAGCACCAUAUAGAAAUGUUUUUCCACUUGAGACCUAUAAGGAGGUUAUGUCUAGAGAAAAUAUUACUCCCCUGGCUUCUUCACUCGAGAACGCUCUCAGGAGCUGAGGCCGUAAAUGCUCUGAGACCUUUCUAUUUUGCAGUGCACCCAGAUUUCUUUGGACAGCAUCCCAGAGAGAGGGAAAUCAACGAAAAUUCUCUUAAGAAAUUAAGUGCCUACUUGGAAAACCUCCAGAAACCGGGCUUCAAAUCUUUGAAACCAACUCAGCUUACUUUUUAUGUGAGAGAAACCGAGCAGACAUCCUCGGAUGGCCACGAAUCAUUGAAUGUUCUAGGGUUCCGAGCCGUCACUUUGACUUUGCAUAGCAGAGAUCUUCUGAGCACCGUCUUAAAUAUUCUCAAAUCCUGUAGCUUAUCGACUAAGCACAUCCAAAGCUUGAGUGCUAAUGUGGCUUCCGAAGCCCCCAAGGGGGCAAAAAGGACAUUUGACAGACCUAUUAAAUGGGACAAGACUUACUACUCCUUUACUGGAUUCAAGGACCCUGAAGAAGAACUGGAAAAAGUCCAAAGAAUGGAAACUUCUCUCAUUUCUGAUAAUGUCAAAUACCUGAAAAGGUCCUGGUUAAAUAGUAAUGAAAAAAGUGCCAUUAAAAAGCUGACCAAUAGUUUGCCACUGAGAGAGGAACUAAACCGUUUAAAAGAAGAACUGUCGCGUCAACUCCUGCUCGCAGAUAUCAGGUGGCAGAGGAGCUGGGGGAUAGCUCACCGCUGUAGCCAGCUGCACAGCCUGGGCCGCUUAGCCCAGCACAACCUGGAAGUCCUGCAGAAUGUUAAAGGAUGCACAGUCGUGUUCACGGACCGCUCAGGCAUGAGUGCCUCGGGCCACGUCAUGCUCGGAACCAUGGAUGUUCAUCACCACUGGACAAAACUAUUUGAACGGUUGCCCAGUUACUUUGCCCUGCAAAGGAAGCUGGUGCUUUUGGAGGACCGGAUCAGCUACCUGCUGGGCGGCAUUCAGGUGGUCUACCUGGAGGAGCUGCAGCCAGCCCUGACCAUCGAGGAGUACUACGCUCUCCUCGACGGCUUCUGUUCCCGGCUUCUGAAGAGCCGGCUGGCUUUCCACCCUCGCAGUCUCCGCGGCCUGCAGAUGAUCCUGGACAGUGACAGGUACGCUCCCAGCCUCCACGAGCUUGGCCACUUCAACAUCCCAGCACUGUGCGACCCCGUGUCCCUCCAAUGGUUCAUUUUCACCAAGGCGGCCCAAGCCAGAGAAAACAUGAAAAAGAAGGAGGAGUUAAAGAUGAUUGAAAAUGAAUUGAUCCAUGCUUCAAUUAAGAAAUUUUCUCUGAAAAAGUUGUACAAGGAGCCCAGCAUUUCAAGCGCCCAGAUGAUCGACUGCCUGAAGCGACUCCUCGAUCAGUCACUGCCGUAUCUGCAGGGGAUGCACGUCUGCAUUUCACAUUUUUAUUCUGUUAUGCAAGAUGGAGACCUGUGUAUUCCUUGGAAUUGGAAGCGUUGAGAGAACCGCCUCAUGGGACAAAAAAAAACUCUGUUGUUUUUUUUGUAAGAGGUCACCGAGAAAUAAAUUUUUGACUUAACUUAUUUAAAUCUACAUUUUGCUACAACAGUAUUGUUAUACCUCUUGCCGGAGGGUAACCCCUCAUUGCUGCUUUGAAAGUAGAAGUUCUGGUACACUUGGUAAAGACUUUGUGUAUUUCCAGUUUUCACCCCUCGCCUUCCAUGGUUUCCAAAAUGAUAGAUAAGUCUAACUUAGAGGUAUUGGAAUGAAAGAGGCCAUUUAUAUUUUUAAUAGUGGGCAAAAGACACUUUUAAACGAAGCAAGAAUUCUACAAAAGAAACAUUUCUAUUUUUAUAUGCUCGGCUGUUGGGGUCGGGGUAGGGCCCAAGAAAGGAACAGACACGGAAUGAAGUAGAGAGAACCGAGUCUCCUUCUUGCAGGCACCUGGUCCAGUGCCCUGUAUGUAAGAGGCACUUACUCAGUGCUUAUUGAAUUGAAGUGAAACUUCUCCCCUUUCUUUAUUGUCAAACCUCAUACCUACAUGUUUUGUCACUAGAGGUGGACAGUUGGUAUUAGCCAAAGAGGGUGAUUUCUAGGAAGCAAAAAUUAAUUCUCCAUUUUUAUUUGGAAAGAGAUUAGAAUUAUGAAAAGUUGUAUAUAGAGACUAUAUGAUGUCCCUUGGAUGUUUUUAUAAGCUAUUUGGGGCCAAUAUGUUUUCAAUGGCAUCAUCCACUCUUGUUGCUGGAGAAUCUGGUUUUUAGAUAAUUGCUCCCAUAAUUGAGGGUUUCCUGUCAGGAUUUGGCUGCACGUGAGUGGAAAAGUGUGACUUUUCCACGUGGGAAAUUGUUCUCAGGAAGACUCUGGUCAUAGGCUACAGGAGGCUGUUGCCCAGAGCAGGGUCGAGGUCAGGGGUCACUUGAUUGAAUCCUUCCCAGCCCCCUCGGGUUCCUGCUGCCAUGUCCCUGAGGAGCCUGUGAAGGACCCAGGGCCUGCUCAUCCUAGAGCUGAGUGUUCUGUUGAAGGCAACUUCAUAGAUUACACAGCUCCUGCCUGCCCAGAGUCUCCCCAGAACACUGAGGGGGCCAACAACAGGGAGGUCAGGCAGUGAUCUGGCUUGGCUUCCCUGGGCAACGCAGGGUAGCAUGGAAAGUGCCCGUUUUCAGUGUGGGCUGUUAGACGUUGGAGGAGAUUGGGGCAGAUUUAAGUUCAUCUGAAACCUAGAUUCAAAAAUCAUCUGAUUCAAUUCAAAAAUGCAAACAAAAAUUUAAAAUUCUGGAUUCAAAAAAAAAAGCGUUCAUUUGAACUGUUAUUAAUGUUUGUAGAUGCAAACAUUGUCCUUUUUACCUCUGCAUAAAUCUGCUACAAAAAUAUCUUCUGUCUUUUAGAAUGAACGUCUGCUGCCUUGGAACAUUUGACCAAACCUGCAAAGAACCCUAAAACUGCCAUCUUAUUAGUAAUUUUUAAAUGAAAAAAAUUAGAACUAGAUUAUCCCCUUUGUAAGAUUAACUAAAAUAUAAUUUCCAGUAGUAUGUUUUGAACUGGAUUUUGCCUCUAAGAACUAAUUAAUUGUUAUACAAUAAAGAUAAUCUGUAUUAACCAUA